AUGGGUCUCUCAAGCAUAGAAACAUCACUUACAAAGCAUAUUCGCUCCUUUUUAACUAAAAAUUACUCCACAAAUACAUUAAAAAUAUUUGCUUGUACGGUAUCAUUAUUAUCAUGUUUAUGUGCUGGAUCUGUGCUAUUAUUCCCAUUAUUCACACCAGUACUAUCACAUCGCUUUGGUUAUACACAGUUUCAAAUCAAUAUUGUGGGGAGUUUGACUUCCAUAGGGAUGUAUCUACCUUUACCAGUUUUAGGAUAUUUAGCUGAUUGUCAUGGUCCUGUUAUACUAUCAGUUAUCACAUUAGUGAUGUUUGGUCCUGCAUAUCAAUAUGCUUCAUAUAUUGUGGAACAAGAUUUGAAUUUUUGGUUGUUAGCUAUCACUUUUGGGUUUAUUGGAUGUGCUACAAGUGCCCUAUAUUUCACAUCAUUGUUAACUUGUGCUAAAAUUUAUCCAAAAAGUAAAGGUUUGACUAUUAGUGCACCAGUUACAUGUUAUGGUCUUAGUUCAUUAAUUGGAUCACAAAUUUUAAAAUUAAAAGUUCUUCAAGUUAAAGUUGGUGAAGAAUUUGAAUUAGAUUUAUACAAAACUUUUAAAUUUUUCAGUAUAUUAUAUCUAUUCUUGGGUAUUUUUAAUUGGGUUAGUGCUAGUGUUGUCUCAAUUGAAAGAGAUCUUCUGCUGCGUAAACAUGAAACUAGUCAAGAAGAUAAUGAAGAACGUCCUUUACUAUCAGGUUCAAAUGAAGAUUUAGAUUCAUAUGAAGAUGGUGAUGAUUUGGUUGCAAAUCAUAAAUCAAAAUUUAUGAAAUUUUUAAAAGAUAUUUCAACUUAUAUUUUAUUAUUUUCAGUUCUGUUAAGUAUUGGCCCAUCAGAAAUGUAUAUUACAAAUAUGGGUUCAUUAGUUAAUGCUAUUAGUCCAAAAUCAUUGAUUCCUAAUCAAGUUUCAAUUCAUGCAGUAUUUUCAACCUUGUCAAGGUUAUCAUUAGGUGCAUUAUCAGAUUUCUUAGUUAGUAAAUAUCAUAUUGCAAGAAGCUGGUUAUUAUUAUUUAUUAUUUUAUUAGGUUUACUCACUCAAUUUUGCAUUGCAAACUCUAUAUUUAUAAAAGAUCAGUAUUAUAUUAUUAGUGCAUUAUCAGGGUUUUCAUAUGGUGGGUUAUUUACAUUAUACCCAACAGUUAUUUUUUCUAUUUGGGGUUCAGAAAUAUUUGGUUCAGCAUGGGGUUCCUUCAUGAUUGCACCAGCUAUUGGUUCAACAUCAUUUGGUAUGAUCUAUGGGUUAUUUUAUGACAAAAGUUGUCAAAUCAGUACAGAGUCGCUUGUUGGAUCCACAAACUGUAUCAGUCUUGUUUUCUGGAUCAAUAGUUUAGCAUUUGGUUUCAGUGCCUUACUGUUGAUUAUUGCAUGGAAGGGAGUCUGGGAGAAGAGAGGACUCCCAUUAUCAUAA